GAUACGGAGUGUAACACAGGCAAAGACACUGGACAAUGUAAAUAUUUAAUGUUGAUAAGACCAAUUCGACAUGCUUCUCAGACGAUUUGUCCAGCAAGAUGUAACCAGAUUAACAUGUUGGCUGGUGACUGUAUACCUACUUCAGAAUUAUUGCCUUGGAGAGGAAACUUGCUAUGUCUGCCGCCAUGAGAAAGAUUUCACUUCCUGUGCGCACAACAAGACCGUCUGUCCCCAUGGAGAGGUGUGCUUUACUUCGGAGAGUUUUCAUGGACAUGGAAUCGUAGAGUACAGUUCUGGCUGUAUUUCAGAGCAGAUUUGCAAUACUAUAAAAAACAUUGACGGACGCACUACACACGCCCCUCUACAGAUUGGACACAUUAUUGGUCGAAAAAAGCGUGCCACUGACACGUGUUUCCAUUGUUGUACAGCGGAGUCGACGUCAUCUGUACCCUGUAAUGAUCAUCCAUGUGCAGCAACAGGAGUAUUUACAACAAUGCCUACAACAACAACGACCACGCCCACUACAACAACGACCACGCCCACUACAACGACGACCACGCCCACAACAACAACGCCCACGCCCACUACAACAACGCCCACGCCCACUACAACAACAUCCAUGCCCACAACUACCACACCCACUACAACAACUACCACACCCACCACAACAACGACAACGCCUACAAUGACCACGCCCAUUACAACAACGACCACGCCCACAACUACAACACCCACUACAACAACGCCUACAACGACAACACCCACCACAACAACGACAACGCCUACAAUGACCACGCCCAUUACAACAACGACCACGCCCACUACAACUACGACCACGUCCACUACAACGACGCUAGUAGCAAAAAAUUCUUGCAAUGUAUGUAAUGGGAUGCCACUCUAUCUUUGUGAAAUAAUUUACACGCCUAUGACGUGUGAGGCAGGAAAGCAAUUUUGCAUGAACGUUCUCGUCAACAAUAAAGAUGGCAGUCGGACGGUAGACCGAAAAUGUGUUGCCGAAGAGGAAUGCAAAAGGGAAUGGUGGUACACCACUUCAGACAGACAGGAAUGUACCUCCUACGACCCAAAUUAUAUUUUUACACUAUACUUCACUUGUUCGUAUUGCUGUACCGGACCUCUUUGCAAUGGAAAUAUUGUACCCGAUUCCAGUACGCUUUUUCGGCCGCAUUAGUUGGAAUAAUAAAUAACAGUG